UUCUGUGUAUUUUUUUGGUUUUACAAAUAUUUUUAUGAAUUAUUUUUUAUUAACUGGCAUUUGUUGAUGCUAUAACCGACCAAUAAACGAACGAUAAGAUAAAUUAAAGCCAAAUUCAAACUACCCUUAUUUUUUACCAAAUAAACUCUUUGUUUAACACGUCAGAUAGACAUAUUUAAAUCAUUUUUAAUUAUUUUAAAACGCAAGUGACUGAUUGAUGUCAAACAUGUGUUUAAACAAAGCAAAGAUAAACUUCUUUAGUUGGUUGAUUUUGGUAUACAAAACUUCAUACUUAGGCAAAAAAAAUAUUUAAGGGUUUACUAUUUUGUGUACUUUUCGUUUGCUCAUUUACAGGCAAAAAUAGGAGUUGUAUGUGAAUACAGAUGCAGGAAAGUCGUGAUAAUACCAUCAUCAGUAGUUCCGGCAGCAACCAUGUUACAUUUUUGUCCAGCACAAAAAUGCCCCGCAACUUUAAAUUGCUAGCUGAUCCACAAUUAGUAAAAUGCGGGGCCAGGCUCUAUCGUUACGAUGGAGUCGUGCCCGGGGAUUCAGCAUAUCCAGCGAUAACACCAAGAGAUCCGCGAAAUCCUUUAAUUCGCAUACGCGCCAAGGCAGUUGAGCCACUUCUCCUUCUCAUUCCUAGAUUUGUCAUCGAUUCCGACUAUGUUGGCCAGCCACCUGCAAUAGAAGUUACUAUCAUCAACCUGAACGAUAACAUCGACAAGCAGUUUCUUUCUAGCAUGAUCGAGAAAUGCGGUACUUCUAAUGAAAUAAAUAUUUACUAUCAUCCAAUUACAAACAAACACAUGGGUAUUGCUCGUAUUGUAUUUGAGAGUACAAAAGGAGCAAGACAAUUUGUGGAAAAAUACAAUGACAAAUCGGUAAUGGGAAAGGUCUUAAAUGUAUUUUGCGACCCAUUUGGAACUAUUUUAAAAAAAACUCUUGAAAGCCUUACAAAUCCGGUUGUUGCGAAACCAUUAACGGGUGCAAUAAUAGCGCCUCAAUUGACUUUGCAGCAAACUGCUUCACACGAUGACGAAUUCAUCCACAGAUACCUUGUAAAGGAUUCCAUAGAUCAUUCAAAGUGUUUAAAAAGCUCUAUAAAAAUUAUUACUGAAAGUGAAGAUCGAAGCAGGGAACGAAACUGGGAUCGCGUAAAGGAAUUGGAAAGAGAACGUCACUUUCAAGAACAUAGUAGACACUCAUCAGAGCGAAGUUAUGAUCGCGAUCGUGUAAUAAGAGAAAAGUUUACAACCGCUGGAAAAAAUGAUCGAAAUUUUUAUUGUCGGAGGUCUAGGGAUAUCAGCCCAGGAAUUCCACAUGGUAGAUCCUUUAUUAAAAGAGAAAGAUCGAGAGGACCAGAUUUACGAUCCCAUGAUUAUUGUCGUUCUAGGGAGCGAGAUUCAUUGCGUGACUCUAAAAAAUGUCGCGACAAAGGCCGAGGUCAAUCUAAAGAAAAAAUAAAACAUCGCUAUAACUCAUCGAAAGAUCGAGAGUAUCGCGAAAGAGGACGCAGCCGAUCAAAAGAAUACGAUCAAAAAGAUCUGUGCAAGUAUUAUAAGCGCUAUUCCUCGCAUGAAUAUAACGAAGUUGAUGUGAGAAAUUCUACAAACACAAGAAGUCAUUAUUACUGUUUUGGAUCUUCAAAUUCCAGUUUUUCUGACAAAAGCUACGGAUUCAAUAAUUAUUUUUAUUCUUCCAUUGAAAAUAUUCAUUCAUGGCCCGAUCAAAGAAAUUGGACUGCCCCGCAGUCUGAUUUCAAGCCUCAACCGCCCCCACCGCCGCCGGAAGAAGAAGAAAAUUGGAAUGAUGGCCAAGAAAAACUAACGAUAAAUUCGCCACCUUUGCGUUCCGCCAUCGCAACACUUCAAUCACCAAAAUCAACAAAUAUUAAUGUUACUGCAAUAAAAAAAGUGUCCGAAUCAAACUUUGAAACAGGAAACGUAGAUUUGGAUACUAGAAUUGCCUUAAUAUUUAAAGGAAAGACGUUUGGAAAUGCACCUCCAUUUUUACAAAUGGAUAGUAGUGAUUCGGAAACAGAAAAAGGCAAACCAGAUGUAUCUAUUGAAAUGUAUUCCGAUUCCAACAUUUCAGAGAAUAAAAAAAAGGCAUGGGAAAACGAUUUUAAAACACUACAGCAUCCUAACGCAAGUGAUAUAUCAAGUGAUGAAGAAUUGAUAAUUAAAAAAGACCGAGUUAGACAAAGUUUCACAAAUGAAAAGGAAAAAAAUGAUGAUAAUAUGUCAUUAUCGAGCUUAUCUUCUCAUGAGGAUCCAAUUCUAAAUGUGAUGAAUCUUAAAGUAGCGAAAAAUAAGAAACAAUUGCCGUCUUCUUAUGUAUACACAAAUUCAUCAGAUCAAAAUCCUUGUUAUUAUCAUACAUCAGGCUAUGGGCAUUAUCCUUCCGGUAUACCGUCGAACUCGUCUUUAACUUCCCAACUUUUUUCAAAUGCCGCUUACCUGCAAUCCGGUUACCUGAAAGGAGUUGGCUCAUUUAGUUUUAAUACGUUUACUGAGCCAUAUGAUAUCAAUAUAACUACGUAUUCAGAUCAAAAUGACGGUAUACACCAAAAAGUAAAAAUGGUAAUAGGCUUUAUUGUCGAAGAGCUAAAGCAGAUUUUAAAAAGAGAUGUAAAUAAGCGGAUGAUUGAAAUAACUGCAUUCAAACAUUUUGAGAACUGGUGGGACGAACAUACAUUAAAAGCUCGAUCGAAACCACUAUCUGAAAUUGGAGAAUCCACCUUUAAUACAGCUUCAAAUUGCCCCAAAGAAAUCGCUUUAAGCGAGAAGCCUCCUGACAUUAAUCAUCUAAUUAAUACACAACUAGAAAUGACAGACUUUCAAUCGUUCUCUAGUAUAGGUCUGAGGGCUGCUAUGCCUAAGUUACCAUCGUUUCGGCGUGUUCGAAAACAUCCUAGUCCUAUUCCUAGUUUAGGACAUUUCUCGGAAAGAGAUUUAAGUGAUCAAGAGGAAAUGGUACAAUGUUCAGACUCUGAGAAGGAAGAUUCUAAUGCAGGUAGUUCUGGAACGGCACGCUUAAUCGGUCAAAUUUCGAACAAUGACUCUGAUGGAAAAUCGCAAACUUCAGGACUAACUUCAAAAAGAAAAGGAAGUGCUUCAAGUUUUUUUUCAUCCUCAUCUUCCUCAUCUAGUGAAGGUGAGUAUGAAGGUAAUGAUUGUGUUGACAAGGAAAGGACUAGUGAAGAUGGAAGCCUUGAAGAUCAUAGUCUCAAUAAACGGAGGAAAAACAGUAGGGAUAGAAGGCGAGCGAGUUUGCGAGAAAAUGCCUUACAAAAUAUUUACACCAAUUCUGAUGAGUUUAAGAAAGACAUAAAGAAGCGUGCAAACAAAAAUAAUAUUUAUUCCGAUCCUGAUGAAGACAAUGGGAAUUCCCGUUUUAAAAAUUUGUUGCCUGCUUUACAAGAAAAAAAUGUCUCAUCAUUUCCAUCUGAUCUCGAAGAUAUAAGUAAAGAUAGUUGCUUCGGAUUGGAUGACAAUGAGAGUGACCCCAUAUCAGAGCUUCAGAGCACUUUAAUAAUUAAUAAAGAAUUUCGUCGCUCAUUGACACCUGUUCCGCCACCUGGAUACAACGAAGAAGCUAUUCAAAGGAUAGAUUCCAAACAAAAGUCGGUUUUUGAAUAUGCAAGGAUUUAUAGCGACUCAGAGGAAGAGAGAGAAUAUCAGGAAAAAAGAAGAAGAAAUACUGAAUACAUGGCCCAAAUUGAAAAGGAAUUUUUAGAGGAACAGGAGAAAAAUAUGGAAAGGGCUUUGGAUAAAAGUCUGGUAGCUUCCUAUCAUGUAUUAGAUCGAACAAAAUCACAAAAAUGUAAGAAUAAAGUAAUUGAAGAUGAAUCUAUUCUUCAGAGAAAUAUGGAAGCCAAUAUUAAAAAUGAAUUGGCCGCUAAUAAAGAGGGUUAUGUAGUUUCAAAUGGUUCAAGGGACGUGAGCAAAGGAAUUGAAUCACCAGCAUCUUCCGACGGCGGGUCUAGCCAAGCAUCGCAGGCCAGUCAAGUUGCGCUAGAGCAUUGCUAUUCGUUGCCGCCGCAAGCACAGACAAUUACCUUUGGUGAUAUUUCCCCUGUCGCAUCUGUUAGUAUAAACAUUUCAGAAAGAGAGCCAGAGAAUGUUAUUAUUGUUGAACAAAUAGAGAGGUCAGGCCCAGGCAGGCCUCGAAAGGAUUCUUGUCGCAAUCAAAGGAAGAAAAAAGAUUCCGUCCCACGGAUGUCAAAUAUGAGGAAUAAAAUAGCGCCAAUGCCAAAUGUAUUGGCUGAAUUGGCGCGACAAAAAGCCAAUUUUGUUCCGUGUGAAAUAUUUAAAACUCGGAACCAGAAUGAAGAAAUGGUAAUUUUAUACACUUUUCUAACAAAAGGUAUAGACGCAGAAGACAUUAAAUUUAUAAAAAUGAGUUAUUCGGAACAUUUACAAAAGGAACCAUACGCUAUGUUUUUAAAUAAUACCCAUUGGAUUGAUCAUUGUACAACUGAUCGAUCUUUUUGGCCACCACCGCCAAAAAAACGUAGGACAGAAGACGAACUGUUGCGUCAUAGGACAGGAUGUGCUCGAACCGAAGGUUUUUACAAAUUAGAUGUGCGGGAAAAGGCGAAACACAAGUACCAUCAUGCUAAAGCCAAUGCACAGAAUUCCCAUAAUGAAAACCGUAGCGAUGAACCUACAGUACUUACCAAUCAUCACCAUAAUAAAAUAAUAUCAAAAAUGCAAGGAAUAUCACGAGAAGCGCGGUCGAACCAGCGCCGUCUUUUGACAGCCUUUGGUUUCAUGGGUGAAUCUGAGCUGUUAAAAUUUAAUCAGCUCAAGUUUAGGAAAAAACAACUUAAGUUUGCCAAAUCUGCGAUACAUGACUGGGGAUUAUUUGCAAUGGAGCCUAUAGCUUCCGACGAAAUGGUUAUUGAAUACGUUGGUCAAAUGAUUCGACCUGUGGUUGCUGAUCUAAGGGAAACCAAGUAUGAAGCAAUUGGAAUUGGUAGUUCUUAUUUGUUUCGAAUCGACAUGGAAACUAUAAUCGAUGCAACAAAAUGUGGAAACUUGGCGAGAUUUAUAAAUCACAGUUGUAAUCCGAAUUGCUAUGCCAAGGUCAUAACAAUUGAAUCUGAAAAGAAGAUAGUUAUAUAUUCAAAGCAACCAAUUGGCGUCAACGAGGAAAUAACGUACGAUUAUAAAUUUCCAUUAGAAGAUGAAAAAAUACCUUGCCUCUGCGGUGCCCAAGGAUGCCGAGGUACACUUAACUAGAGACAACUCUUAUAUUAACAUAAAGAACUUAAAAAUUUGAAUUAAAUGUUUCCAAGCACUUAAUUUUAUUUUGUAUAUAUUAUAUAAAUAUCUGGCGCUCGUGUAUAUACUUAUGAUUAGUAUUCUUAGAUAUUUCCAUGCAAACUUAGAAAAACUAUAACAACCCACAAACCAUAAGUUAAAUUUUAGUAAUAUAAGAAAAAUGUAUGUUAGAUACUUAUUGAAAGCAAAUAGUAAAAACACAAUACAAUCAUCGAUAAUUUCAAAAA